AUGUGCACUGAUAACAGCACCGAAGAGCACAAGCAAUCAAAGGCAUUGACGGUUGGCUUUUCUCAUGUAGGUUUAGCUGUCAGUGAUCUUCACGCUUCCUUUAAAUUCUUCGAAGCGCUUGGUUUCAACAAGGUCGGAGGCGUUGACACCUAUCCUUCGUUUUUCCUCUCCGACGGAUCAUCUUUUCUGACUAUCUGGCAAACGGACGAAGACGCCACGCCCUUUGACCGCCGCGCGAAUGUCGGCCUUCACCACAUGGCUCUUAAGUUGCCCAGUAUGGAAGCCUUGGACGAAGCAUACACUUCCGUGUCAAAGAUCGAGGGUGUCCGCACCACGGGUGAAGGAGCGUUUGCACCCGAAGCACUGGAAGGAACGCCAUGGCAUCAUGCCAUGGUUUUCGAACCGUCCGGAAUUCGCAUCGAACUUACUUUUCACGCUGAAUAG